UCCGCACAUCGUCAACACCAAGCUGGCGCACACGAAUAAUCUCGCGGAGGUUUACUAAGCUGGGAGUUCGGAAUUUACGUUAAUUAAGCUACUGAGAGGCUAACUUAAAGAACGCUUCGGCCUUCACCAUGGAACUCAACAUAAGAGAUAACCAAAUCAGCAUGGUGUACUUGGUCGGUGCACCAAUCUUCAUAUCCCUGUUGCUCAUUCACUUCUACUACUGCUGGCUGAGUGUACGCGAGUGUCACCGCUCAAGGGUGAGAGGGGAGCAUCGCCUGCUGCUCUCGCACGCCCACGCGUCUGUAGUACUGCAAGUGGAGGUCUAUUGACAAACGGAACGGUGCGGCUUGAUGUGACUCACUCAUUUAACUGUACCUAUCGCCAG